AUGACAAUCAACCACGUCGUCAUCCUCGGCGCCGGACCCGCAGGCCUGGCCGCCGCCCUCGCCCUCGCCCGCUCCCCGGCGCCCAGCCCGCGCGUCACCGUGCUCGAGCUGCGCGCGCACCCGGCCCCGGCCCUCGGCGGCACCAUCAACCUGACGCCCCUGGCGAUGCGCUACCUGGACCGCCUCGGUGCGGGGGCCCGCCUCCGACCCCGCGGCAUCCCCGUGCGCGGCAUCGACAUCCUGUCCCUGCGGACGGGCCGCCCUCUCGGCCGCAUGUGGGACGGCGUCGACGCGUUGCGCGUGCUGCGGCAGGAGCUGGUCAGCGCGCUCGUGGAGACGGCACGAGAGGCCGGGGGUGUGGAGCUGAGGUACGGCGUGCGGGUCAUCGAGAUCGAGGAGUGGGGUGUCGCUGAUGGAGGAGAGGACGCCGGCGGUCUGGUGCUCAAGCUGGAGGACGGCGAGGAGAUCAGGGCUGAUAUGCUGGUCGGCGCGGAUGGGAUCCACUCGGUGGCGAGGAGGUUGGUGGUCGAGCCGGAGCGGAAGCCCGAGUACUCUGGCAAGGCGGCGGCGUACGGGUUCGUCCAGGUCGCGGAGCCGGGAAGCGUGGCGGUGACGCGGUCUGACGGCAAGCCUGCUGUGGAGGAUACGACUGUCGUCUCUGGGCAGUUCGGUUCCAUCAUGAUGACUUUCGGGGAGCCGGACAGACGAAAUCUUCAUAUCGGAGCCGUGAUGGGCAUGCGAGAGCAGGGAGAAUCUCGGGAGGGUUGGAAGGCUAGGGGAGACGACAGGCUGCAGGUCAAGUCCGACAUAUUGAAGAGGUUCGAUAACGGAAGUGUCCGGGGAUUAGUCGACGUGGUGCAAGAGUUGGAGGACUGGACCUUGUACCCCGUGUAUGUGCUACCGCCUGGUGGCAGAUGGUCGAAGGGGAGAGUCCUGCUGAUCGGCGAUGCUGCUCAUGCGAUGCCCCCUCAAGGUGAGAGCACUGGCCUCGCCAUUGAAGACGGCGUACUCCUUGCGAGGGUCUUGCAGCGUCAUACCAGUCGCAGCGUCUCGCAGCUGUGCGACGACUUUUUCACGCUGAGACAGAAGACCAUCGACAAAGUGUAUAAGGAGACGCUGUGGAGGUGGCAGCAUGCCGGAGGUGAAGACUCGGGCUGGCUAUGGGGGAUCGUCGUUGAGUGGAUGUCUAUGGUUUUCCUUACGCUGAUGAGCUAUCGCAAGGAGGACUAUUUUGCCAGCGAUGUGGAUAAAAUGCAACUUCCAGAGUAG